UGACUCUCGCGGGGUUAAGCGUGGCACCGGGACGCCCGGCCCUGGGAAGGGGGCGGGGGGUCCGUUAUCGGCGUUGGGCUUCGGCCGGUGUGCCGGCACUUUGUCCUGUGUGCACGGGGAGCCACUCAGGCUGGAGGCCAGUCAGGUGAAGAGCUCGCCCGUUUGUCUCUUGCCGCCGCCUCGGUAGCGAUGGGGGCGCAGGACCGGCCGCAGUGCCACUUCGACAUCGAGAUCAACCGGGAGCCGGUUGGUCGCAUAAUGUUUCAGCUCUUCUCAGAUAUAUGUCCAAAAACAUGCAAAAACUUCCUUUGCCUAUGCUCAGGGGAGAAAGGCCUUGGGAAAACAACUGGGAAGAAAUUAUGUUACAAAGGUUCUACAUUCCAUCGUGUGGUUAAAAACUUUAUGAUUCAGGGUGGGGACUUCAGUGAAGGUAAUGGAAAAGGUGGAGAAUCAAUUUAUGGUGGAUAUUUUAAAGAUGAAAACUUUAUUCUCAAACAUGACAGAGCGUUCCUUUUGUCAAUGGCAAACCGAGGGAAACAUACCAAUGGUUCCCAGUUCUUCAUCACCACAAAACCUGCUCCGCAUCUGGAUGGGGUUCAUGUUGUCUUUGGACUAGUUAUUUCUGGUUUUGAAGUAAUCGAGCAAAUUGAAAAUUUGAAAACUGAUGCUGCAAGCAGACCUUAUGCAGACGUGCGAGUUAUCGACUGUGGGGUGCUUGCCACGAAAUCAGCAAAAGAUGUUUUUGAGAAAAAAAGGAAGAAACCAACUCAUUCAGAAGAAUCGGAUUCCUCUUCCAAUUCCUCUUCCUCUUCAGAAUCAUCUUCAGAAAGCGAAGUUGAACAGGAGAGAAUCCGAAGGAGGAAACAUAAGAGGAGGCCGAAAGUUAAACAUUCCAAGAGGAGACGGAAGGAAGCAAGCAGUUCAGAAGAGCCGAGGAGUAAACACACAGUGAGCCCGAGAGGUCACUCUGAGAGAAGCGAUACCAACGGAAAGAGGUCAGUCGAUUCGAAUGCUAAGAGGGAAAAGCCGGUGGUCCGCCCGGAAGAGAUACCCCCCGUGCCUGAGAACCGGUUUUUGCUCAGAAGAGAUAUGCCUCUUGUUGCAGUUGAACCCGAACCGAAGAUUCCUGAUGCUACACCCACUGUAAGUGAUCAGAAACCAUCUGUGUCAAAGUCUGGACGGAAGAUUAAAGGAAGGGGCACAAUUCGCUAUCACACACCUCCGAGGUCCAGGUCCUGUUCGGAGUCAGACGAUGACGACAGCAGCGAGACGCCCCCUCACUGGAGGGAGGAGAUGCAGAGACUGAGAGCCUACAGACCACCCAGCGGGGAGAAGUGGAGCAAAGGAGAUAAGUUAAGUGACCCCUGUUCAAGCCGAUGGGAUGAAAGAAGCUUGUCCCAGAGAUCAAGAUCCUGGUCUUACAAUGGGUAUUAUUCAGACCUUAGUACAGCAAGACACUCUGAUGGUCACCAUAAAAAACGCAGAAAAGAGAAGAAGGUUAAACAUAAAAAGAAGGCUAAGAAGCAGAAGCAUUGCAGGAGACACAAACAGACUAAGAAGAGAAGGAUUAUUGUACUGUCUGAUAUAGAAUCCUCAAAAUCUUCCACCCAACGGAUGAAACCCUCUGGUGAUAGAGAAAGGAAGUCGAGAUCUUCCUCAUUGACCUCUCAUCACUCGUCAAAGAGGGACUGGUCUAAAUCUGAUAAGGAUGACCAGAGUUCUUCGACUCAUUCCAGCAGAGACUCAUACAGAUCAAAAUCUCGCUCACAGUCUUAUUCCAGAGGAAGCUCAAGAUCAAGGACGCCAUCGAAAUCCUCAUCACCUUCUCGAAGCAGAUCGAAGUCCAGGUCUAGUUCUAAGUCAGGGCACCAACGGACAGCAUCAGAAUCACCAAGAAGAACAGCCUCUCAGCUGAGUGAAAACAAACCGGUUAAAACAGAACCUUUAAGAGCAGCAGUGCCACAAAAUGAAAGCGUCAUAGUACAGCCACCAGUGGUGGCAGAAAAUAUUCCUGUCAUACCUCUGAGUGACAGUCCCCCUCCUUCGAGGUGGAAGCCUGGACAGAAGCCCUGGAAGCCCUCUUAUGAGCGAAUUCAGGAAAUGAAAGCAAAAACAACCCAUUUGCUGCCCAUCCAAAGCACUUACAAUUUAGCAAGUAUUAAAGAGACUGGUGGUUCAUCGUCCUACCACAAAAGAGAAAAAAACUCAGAAAGUGACCGGAGUGCGUAUUCAAAAUACAGUGACAGAAGUUCAGAAAGUUCACCAAGGUCGAGAAGCAGAUCCUCCAGGAGCAGGUCGUACUCCAGGUCGUACUCCAGGUCACGAAGCGCAGCUAGUUCCCGUUCGCGGUCCAGGUCUCCCUCCUCCAGAUCGCAUUCGCGAAACAAAUACAGUGACCGUUCACAGUACAGUCGAUCAUCUUCGUACUCUUCUGUCAGCAGUGAUGCUGGAAGACGAGCCAAGAGGAAACUUAGGUCCCGUGGGAAAAAAAAUAGCGCUUCAAAUAAAAGGCACAGCAGCAGCUCUGAAAAGACACUUCGCAAUAAAUAUGUGAAGGGCAGAGACAAGUCUUCAUGCCAGAGAAAGUAUAGCGAAAGCAGGUCAUCUUUGGAUUAUUCUUCAGACAGUGAACGGUCAAGUGUCCAGGUUACACAGUCCGCCCAGGGAAAAGGGAAGCAAGUCCAAGUGGAAAUGAAUAACAAACAAGAGAAAAACAGAGAUGGAGGGAAAUCCAAGCCUGAACGGGAAGGCCCUUGUUCAAAAAGAACUCGGAAAGGGGGUCCUGCCGAUCACUUCAGAAAUGGCAGUAAGUCCAAAAGGAGGAAUUACGCUGGGAGCAAAUGGGACUCGGAGUCCAAUUCCGAACGAGACGUAACCAAAAACAGUCAGAGGAACUCCCGGCCGACUUCCGAUAAGGAGGAGGGGGAGGCCACAUCAGAUUCGGAGUCCGAGUUGGUUGGAACUCACCCCAAAGCCAAACCCGCAGCGCAGUCUGCAGCACGUGCCCCGCGGUGUGAUGGCCUCGGUGCUCGGAAGUCAGGCAGGCAGCGGCCCUCGGCCUCGGACUCCGAGGGGUCCUGUCGCGAUUCAGAAAACCCCGGGGGGAAGCCGCGGAAGCGCAAACAUGGGUCAAAGGAGAACCUCAAAAGGGAGCACACCAAAAAAGUGAAAGAGAAAAUGAAGGGCAAGAAAGACAAAAAGCACAAGGCUCCGAAGCGAAAACAGGCCUUCCACUGGCAGCCUCCACUAGAGUUCGGGGAAGAGGAGGAGGAGGAGGUUAGUGAAAAGCAAGUGACUCAGGAGUCCCAAGAGAAAAAACAAGUUUCUGAAAACAGUGAAACCACAAAAGAAAAUAUCCCCCAAACUGAGAAGCCCCGUGAAGAUGGCAGCCUUUCAGGUAAACCGAAGACAACGACGGCGACCUCAGGUGCCGAGCCACUGGCCAGCGAAGAUGGUAAACUCAGCACCUCUCCCACACCUGCAGGUGCUGAGGAGGAGGUGGCCAGUUCGCCCCCACCCGCUCAGCCUGUCGAAGAAAGCGUCCCCAGCGGACUGGAGGAUGUGUUCCAAGCUGACGACAACAUGGAGAUUUGCACUCCUGAUAGGAGCUCCCCAGCAAAGGUGGAGGGGUCGUCCCCUCUCGAAAGUUCGAGGCUCGAUGUGCCCGAGGCAGGCCUGGUGAAGCAGGAAGUGCAGGCUGAGCAUCCCCAGGCAGAGGCGCAGACCCAGGACAGCGACGUGGCUGAAGGCCCCGUGGUGGUCGAGGUGGGGAAAGUGGACAGCGGGUCUGCGGGCUCGGCCAGCACCGUGGAAAGCACGGCGAGGAAGGAGGUGGCCGAGAGGGGCCAGCUCGGCCUCCUGGACAAUAAGUGGAAGCCCCUACAAGGGGCAGGCCACCUGGUGGCACCAGCAGCUGUCACAUCCAGUGCCAUGGAAGGCAAAGCGUUGACUGCUUUGCCUGAAGUGAAGCCGCAGGGCUUGAGAAUCGAAAUUAAAAGCAAAAAUAAAGUGCGGCCUGGGUCUCUCUUUGAUGAAGUAAGAAAGACGGCACGCUUAAACCGGAGGCCAAGGAACCAGGAGAGUUCAAGUGAUGAGCAGACACCUAGUCGGGACGGCGAUAGCCAGUCCCGGAGUCCAAGUCGGUCUCGGAGUAAAUCCGAAACCAAGUCAAGACACAGAACAAGGUCUGUCUCCUACAGUCAUUCAAGAAGUCGAUCGCGAAGUUCCACAUCAUCUUAUCGAUCAAGAAGCUAUUCUCGAAGUCGGAGCAGAGGGUGGUACAGCAGGGGCCGAACGAGAAGCCGGAGCAGUUCCUCCCGCAGUUACAAAAGUCACAGACGAACAGCUGCCGGACUUCGUUGUUUUCUCCUUGACGGGCAAAUGAAUGUCCAGGUUUUUGGUGUAGCUGCCCUGCCGCACACGGUGAUGGUCCCUCAUGUGAUUCAUACUAGGACGUCCAGCAGGAGCAGGUCCAGGAGCAGCUCGUAUGACCCCCACAGUCGGUCCAGCAGGUCCUACACCUACGACAGCUACGACAGCAGGAGUCGGAGUCGCAGCAGAAGUCAGAGGAGCGACAGUUACCACCGAGGCAGGAGCUACAACAGGCGAUCCAGGAGUUGUAGAUCUUAUGGCUCUGACAGCGAAAGUGACCGGAGUUACUCUCAUCGCCGGAGUCCCAGUGAAAGCAGCAGAUAUAGUUGAAAAUGUCCCCUUUUUUGAUACAGAUUAUAUCUUCUUUGUAAAUACCUGGUAACUUAAAAGUGUAAGAAACGUAAUGGCAGUCUGUCGUUCUAUUUCAAUAUUAGAGAUGAAUUUCAAAAGUAGACACUUCUUGUUACUCGUUCUUUGUGUGCAGAAUUUAAAGUACAGAUAUGUCUCCUAAAAAUAUUUUUAUGCCACAUUUUACAGUAGCCAGCUAUGGAAGUGAAAUUUCAUUUUCUUGAAUCAAGAAACCAUGAACUCUUCAUAUAAUUUGCAAUAUUACUUUGGAUAGACUAUUUCUCUCCAUUCACGUAUUCCUUAGAAUACAGAUCCGUCCUGCCCAUUUUCCAGUUUUGGUAUCUGUGCUGCCGAGCACAGACCUGUGGAGAGCUGUUGAAGGCGGCCAGGUGCCCACAUACCCAUUUCAGAGCCCAGUACCCUGCUCUCAGAGACACACCACCCAGAUGCGCACUGCUGGCAGCCGGAGUAGGGGCGGUGGCGCUGGACUCUCCACACUCCUUCCUCUGUCGUCUCUAAGGACCAGUAAAGGGGUCCUCGUACAGCCUGCUGUCUGUACGACUUCCAGCUGGCGGGCGAGGGUGAGAAGAGUAAACCAGCCUUAACUCCACGUCCCUGCACUGUCUCCAAGGGCCUCCUGUUUCACAUGCUUUCUGACCAAUACGGUCAGAAGUUUCGACUGUAAAAACAAUUCCGUUCCAGUUCACCCUCCGGUGCUUGGUGCUUUUCGGUGCCCCUUUAAGCAUUGUUCUCCUCUACUAUACAUUACAGUCUCGUGAGAGAGAGAAGUUGAUUUUUUUAUUCACCGGCACAAAACAUGGUUCCUUCUGAGCUGUAUUCACUUUGAAUUUUUGGAGGGGUUCUCUCAAGCCACAGGUGUGGCCUGUGGGGGGUCUCCUGGACCAGCAGGAUUGGCAGAGGGGACCGUGUGGCCACGCAGGCCUCCUGCACACAGCUGGCCUGUGAGCCCCUGGAAGAGUGGAUGGAGGAACGGACUUCCAGAGUGGCGGCGAAACCUAGCUGCCUCCAUCCUAGGCACUUCGCAGGUCUUUUGAGUCAGGAAGUAGACGACAGCGGUAGCCGAGCGGGCCUCAGCGCCAGCUGCUCUCCGAGUUUGCACCGUGACCCAUGCCGGCUCGGUGGGGCCUUGCAUGACGGGUAAGCCCAGGACAAAGGGAGAGAGGUGAAUGGAACAGCGUAAACUGCACGUUUUCACGGUUCCGGGUGGUUCCUCCAAAAAAUGUGUGGUCUGCAAAAGCCGGUGUGGUUUUUUUUUUAAUCUAGUUGGUGUUCCCCCAAGUGUACUUAUCACCUUAGUGCCAGUUUAGUCCAGUCACGCAGAAGAAAUUCACACUGGGUGUUUCGGGCAGAAUGUGGUGCCACCCUACCCAGGCCGCGCCCGGUGUGCUUGGGAAGGAGGGGGGCACCUCGGUAGAGGGAUGGAUGGUCUUGGAUGUGUUCAAACCGUUACCCAGAAACGGUUCUUAAACAGGGUCAAGGGGUCAGUUGUUUGCCAGGUUGACAGAGGGGACUGCAUCAGAAAACAAGACCAUAGUCAAACAGCCGUACUCACUGGUGAAUACGAAACAUUGUGAUUCGUAUGAACGGUUUUCAGAAGUUGCCUGCAGUGGAGAAUAUUGCUUUAAUAAUACUCUGGGAAAAAUCGGUAUUCAGAACCCAAACAAAAACUGCCAAAUCUCAUUAUGUUAAGAAAAGUUACUGUUGGGCAGUGGAUAGGUGUUCUGUUGCUUUGUGAGUAACUACUACAAACUUAGCGGCUUAAAACAGUACCCAUUUCUUAGCUCACAGUUCUGUAUCUCGUGAGUCUGGCUCGGUAUGGCUGGACUCUGCUGGGGCCCCACAGGGCAGAGACCGAGGGUCCGCAGGGUAGCGUUUCCCUCACCGGGGGCUCUGGGGAAGGAGCUGCUUCCAGGUUCAUUCAGGCGGCUGGCACUAUUCUGCCCCUGGUGGGGGCCUUUCUCUCGGCUCCUGGAGGUGGCUCCGGCUCCUCUUCGUGCGCUCCUCUCGUCUGCAGACCAGCGAUGGCCCAGCGAGUCCUCGUGCCUCCGAUCUCCUUCCUCCUGUUUGAAGGUUCAUGCGAUUCCAUCGAGCCCACUGAGGCAGUCCCCCUAGUUCACGGUCAUAGAGCGUAUCACACAGGAGUGAUCCCCUAGGCACAGGUUCCUGGGUUGGGGCAUGGAAUCAGAAGUCUGCCUUCCGCGGGCAGUCCCUUUGCCCACUGGGGCCGGGCAGGUGGGCCCCAGAAGCCUCGGUGGCUGUCUCUGUGGACGAGAGCGGCGCUCAGCCGCAGCGCUCAGCGUGUUUACCGAAUGGACGACAGAGACGGCUUUUCUUCCUAACAAGAUUAUUCUGUAUUUAAGGUAAUUUUUAAUGAAAUUGAAUUAUGUUGCGUACUGUGCUUCUUAAUAGAAAAUGCAUUAUUGGGCUGUUUUUGUAACGUCCUGUUUACUGCAAAUGCAACAUGAUAUAGCUGGUGUUUAAAAACUAGAAGAACUUUUGUACAUAUCAGCAAUGUCUAAUUUGUAUACACUUCAUUUAAAUUCCCCUAAAACUUGAAAGGGGUGCCUUGUAGAAAUUAAAACAUAUACUUAGUCUAA